UCUUGGGCGCCUUUUAAAUAAAUAACAGUAGCGAAAUCUCUUGCAGUCACAGUAAGUAGAACAGGAAAAUAUAGAUAAGCGAAGUAAAAUGUGAUAGUGAAGAAAACUUUCAGAAAUUGACAUUAUUAUGAGUAGCCAACUAAAAUAUGAGCGAACAAUGACCACAGAAUUUUUAAAUGUGAUAGAUGCAUCUGUUUGCAGCAAAGGUUCGAAGAGCUACGACCUAAUGUACUCUGCUCAGACACCUUUGAACUCUAAUGAAAAUUACGUUAAUCAUCUCUGUGAUGUACCCAAUGCUUAUAGUCCUUCAAACUUUGGAUACCAGACAUCCAACUAUUCAUACCCUGAAUAUUUAAGGGCAAUCGAAACUUUUAAUCUGACAGCAUGUAUUUUCACCUCUUCUGAAGAUGCCGAACCCAAGCUCAGUCUUCAGCAAGUGGCCAAUUCGCAACUGAACCGGGUUGCCCCAACUACAAAUGGCACGAAUAAUGCCGUCAAUCAGCUAUGUGCCAUCUGCGGGGACCGUGCCACUGGGAAGCAUUACGGAGCAUCCAGCUGUGACGGUUGCAAGGGUUUCUUCCGAAGAAGCGUGAGGAAGAACCACGUUUACGCGUGCCGGUUCGCGCGAAGCUGCGUUAUGGACAAAGAUAAAAGGAAUCAGUGUCGUUAUUGCAGGCUCAAAAAGUGCUUCAGGGCUGGCAUGAAAAAAGAAGCUGUGCAAAACGAAAGAGACAGAAUCAGCUGCAGGCGGCCAAGUUAUGAUGAAGCAACAAAUAACUCCGGAAUAACUUUAACUGCUCUGCUCAAUGCUGAAAUAUUUUCAAGACAGAUGACGCAUAUACCAGACGGGGACAUUUCAUCAAAAAAAGUGGCCAACAUCUCAGAUGUCUGCGAAUCUAUGAAACAGCAGCUAUUAAUUCUUGUAGAUUGGGCUAAAUACAUACCACAGUUCAGUGAAUUAUUACUGGACGAUCAGGUGGCUUUACUACGCGCCCACGCUGGAGAACAUUUGUUGCUGGGUCUCGCUAGACGUUCUAUGCAUCUAAAAGACACGCUGCUGCUGGGUAACGACUUUGUGAUACCUCGUCAAUCUCAAGAGGAAGAAAUAAGCCGGAUCGGUUGCCGGAUCAUGGACGAACUGACCACAACACUUCGGGAAGCUCGUGUAGACGACACAGAGUUUGCCUGCUUAAAAGCUAUAGUGUUUUUCGAUCCAUAUGCCAAAGGUCUUUCAGAUUCAAAGAGAAUUAAAGCUCUUCGAGAUCAAAUUCAAACGAAUCUGGAAGAUUACAUCAACGACAGACAAUAUGAUUCUCGGGGAAGGUUCGGAGAAAUUCUCCUUUUACUGCCUGCCCUUCAGAGUAUCACCUGGCAAAUGAUAGAGCAAAUACAGUUUGCCAAAUUAUUUGGAAUGGCUAAAAUAGAUAAUCUUUUGCAAGAAAUGCUACUUGGUGAUACUUCAAGCUAUCCAGAAGGAUUUGACAACCAUUUAUAUAUGAAAUAUACCAAGAAAGGCAUUCUGCCAAUGAUUUCAGGCGCUUCGUCUGAAACAUCUACAGCUUCUACUUCAACUGCUUUAAGUGAGGCUGGAAAUGGCUCCACAUCUAUUCAACAUGCUGUCCUUCAAGGUCCCGCUGAUCAUUUAACCAACGGUCAUAUCACAGAGCACAUAGGAAAUGGCCAUCCGGAGACACCAAUUCCUUCACCGACUGAUGCCUUUGUUAAAAUGCCAUCCAUCGUUACUCAGGGUUUUAAAACAGAACCUGAAAGUUAUUAACAAUAAAUAAAUUAUUAGAAUUUCUUGCAGUAAAUUAAAUCAUUGACAAGUCUUUCAUCCAAGAUGUCCGAGAGCUUCGACAUGCCUAAUGUUGAGUGAUAACAUUAUCCACCAGAGAGGGAUUGUAGGACUGGCUCAGUUAAAUAUUCUGCCGUCUUGAGCAAAACACUCUGUACUUCCAUCACGAAAACAUGUUUGCUCAUUAAUAAGAAUGAACUUAGAAUGCAUAGGGAGUUCUUAAUGGAACGUGCUGUGGUUAAUCUUAAAACCAGUUCCCAAAAUUAUUUUAUUAGAUAUUCUUUGUAAAUAAACCGUAAUACACUUAAUAUAUAAUCAAUUUAAAAUUUAUUCCAAAAUAUAACUAGUGCCUUACACAAAUUAAACCAGUAUUAUUGAUAAAAAAUAUGAAAUAAAUACUUCAAAAGUUUCUUUUUGAAUGUAAAAGACUUCAUAUAUUUUUAAUGUUCUUUUAUUUAAAUUUACCUAAUUUUGUAUUUUCGCUAUAAAAAAGAAAGUUUCUUUAACCAAAAAAGCCAUUUUAAUAAACACCUUUUCAUAUCUAGUGUGGAUAUGAAAGUUUGUUACUGAGAAUUUCAAUUUUAAAGAAAUGUUUUAACAUAAUAGAAUUUUUAUGAUUGUAGAGGCAACUAUAUUUUUUAAUACUGAUAUUCUUUUUAUAAUAAAAAAAGAAGAAAAGCAUUUUUAAAUCAAUCGUUUGAUUUUUUAAAAGGCAUUUUGUUUUUAUAUAAAGUCAAAAGAAGUUAAAUGACAAAUAAGUAAAUGCUGGUGGUUAUUUCAUUGUUAAACUGGAACAGCAUUUUAGAGAGGAGAAGGUUAUUAUUUCGACGUUAUUCAGAUACUUUUCAAAAUGCAACUCUUCAUUAGUUAUUUUCAUUCAAUAUCCUUUCAUUCAAUAUUCUUAAAUCAAAAAUAAACUGCCAUUAAAGUACAAACCAUCAAGUAACUUGUUCACUAGUUUUUUUUUUUAAAUUAAUCCUUAACUUUUCAUUAACUCUGUAGAUAAUAAUUACUGAAUCAUUUUAAAAUUUCUUUACAUAUCUUCUGAAAAGUACAUAAAUCUUUCACAGUGCUGUUUACUUAAAAAUGCUGGAUCUGUGAAAUAUUUCAAUACUCAUUUUAAACUAUAAAUUCUCAGUUUCAUUAAUCUAUAAACUGGUAGCUUAAUUAAAUAUUAAAAUGCCUAGUUUUAUAGACCUAAUCAUUGAAAAGUAAUUUAAUAAUAGCUUUGAACAUUCAGAAAGGAAAGGAACUUAAGAAAUUUUAAAUUCCCUUCUGUUGUUGCUUAAUUGAAGUCAUCUAUGUUUUCAUUGCUAUCCUUAAGUUAUUUGAGAUGUUCAACUGCCUGUAAAUAAAAAAAUCUUUUCACUUAUGUAGUUUCAUCUAGCGUAUUUUCAAAAUAUUCAUAUUUUUGUCGUAUCAUCGUAAAGUUUACGCGAGUGUUCUAUUUUUGAAGAUGUUUCUUAUAACUAAAGAAAAUUAUAUUUUUUAAAACUUGUUGUAGAAAUUUUGUACAUGUAUUGAUAAAACUUCUGUCUUAUUCUCUAUUCCUUUGUCUCUAUUCCUUUUCUUUUCAACAAUAUUUUUGUCAUGUGCAACUAACAUCAGCCUAAUGUUCUAUAAUUUUUCAGCCAUUGUUCAUACUUAAAUAAAAUUAUUUUUUCUAAUGAA